UAAAUUAAUGGUAUAGAUUCCAAAGUGUGUUAGUUUUAUUUUUUGUCUCUAAGACAAGAUUCCUGCCCUGAGGAGUUUACAACACAAAUGGGACAGGGCUUAUUACUGACAAAAGCUCUCAGUUCCAACUAUACAUUUUUCUGCAAAUUUUGUCCAACACAUGUGACAUACACUUAACAUGGUGUUAAUGACGAACUCUCUCCCUUAUCCAAGCAUAUGGGUGUAACCUGCAGGGAAAGCUUCAGUGAUUACUAGAUUUUUUUUAAACAUAAUUUAAAUAAGUUGAAUACCAUAGCUCACUUUUGAAAUACAUCAACUGUACUGUGUUUUAUGAACUUCUGGGUGCAUAUUAGUGACCGGUUUUUAUGGAGGCACUUGAAUCAACAUUGAGAAACACAGCAGUUAGGGCAUGAUUCUUUGAUGUACUGACCACUUCCUUGAGGUGCUAAACACCCUCAUAUCUCAGCAACUUCAAUAGAGUUGAGAACAGCUACUUUCUGCAUGCCACUGAUACUUCAAGGCAUCAGCCCAUAAACUUCUCACCUAUUCCCCAAAGCUAGUACUGUUUUUGCAUGAAAAAUCUUAAAUAUUUUAAGAGAUAGGCAUUGUAGGCCCCCAGCAGGAACGGAGUUAAGUGACUUGCCUUUGAAUAAUAUGGUUCCAGCUAAACUUGUUUCUAACAAACUUUAAGAGGGGCCUACUGUUGCCAUGUUGAAGAACUGGCAAAUCCCUGUGCUAGCUUUAAAAGCUUCUUUUUAGUUUUAAAAUGCUUCUUUGAGACCCAGCUAUCCUGUAUUGGGUAAGUUAAGUUCUAAGGCUGAUGCAAGACCUUUCCUCACUCCAGCAGUUGAGAGCUAGCCUCUCAGUCCUUGCUCCUAGGGAAACAUGGGACCUGAAAUCUGAUCUUUCCAAGAGCAGAGUAAGGAACAAGCCUGCUGGACUGUCUCUGUAGGUUUUUUCCCCCAAUGAGAGAGCUCCCUACAGCUGGCUUUAGGCACCUGCACUAACCAGGGGAACUUCUGCAGGCCAAGCAAUGUCAAUUCUGGGGGAUGGAACAGCUGAUCUGUUAAGUAUCUCUUAUUCGGUUAUGAUUCAUCCCAUACACAGCAGCGAAUGUGAACGACACACUCAGAUCAACAUGCCACAGUCAGAUGCUGGGAUCUGUCCUCUCUGCUGCAAAACCCCUCUUGGUAGUGAAGAUAAGAGGUGGGCUACGAUCCUCCAUUUUAUGCCAAUUCUUUGUGACCCUCGCUGUAAGGGCCACGCCACCCCAGCCCUUGAGCUGGGCAGAGGCGGCUGCCUGGGGACAUCUCCUGCUGUCUCCGCGGCGCGCACAGAACAACAUUUUCCGUCUUGGAGCCCGAGGCGCGUCUUUCAAAUGACCCCCAGUCUAGUCCCAAAGCCCGCGGUGCCCAGUGGAAACUAGCGACGUUGGCUGCGAGCGCCAGGUCACGCGGCAGGGCAGCAUCCCAGCGGCGCAGAUUUGCUGCAGCAGCGUUUCCCUCAUGUCCCAGAAAUCCUGGAUAGAAAACACUUUCACCAAGAGGGAAUGUGUGUAUAUUAUACCAAGUUCAAAGGACCCUCACAGAUGCCUUCCAGGAUGUCAGAUUUGUCAACAACUUGUCAGGUGCUGCUGUGGUCGCUUGGUCAGGCAACAUGCUUGCUUUACUGCAAGUCUUGCCAUGAAAUAUACAGAUGUCAAACUGGGUGAAAAUUUUAAUCAAGAAAUAGAAGAAUGGUCAGUGGAAAAACACACAGAACAGAGUUCAACUGAUGCUUAUGGUGUCAUUAACUUUCAAGGUGGCUCUCAUUCAUGCAGAGCAAAGUAUGUGCGAUUAUCAUAUGACACUAAGCCUGAAGCCAUUCUACAACUUCUUCUUAAAGAAUGGCAAAUGGAGCUGCCCAGACUUGUUAUCUCUGUACAUGGGGGGAUGCAGAAAUUUGAACUUCAUCCACGCAUCAAACAAUUGCUUGGCAAAGGUCUUAUUAAAGCUGCAGUAACAACAGGUGCCUGGAUUAUAACUGGAGGAGUGAACACAGGUGUUGCAAAACAUGUUGGUGAUGCCCUGAGAGAACAUGCUUCCAGAUCAUCUCGAAAGAUUUGCACUAUUGGGAUAGCUCCAUGGGGAGUGAUUGAAAACAGAAAUGACCUUGUUGGAAGAGAUGUUGUUGCUCCAUAUCAAACUCUGUUAAACCCUCUAAGUAAACUAAAUGUCCUAAAUAAUCUCCAUUCCCAUUUCAUACUGGUGGAUGAUGGAACAGUUGGAAAGUAUGGAGCAGAAGUUAACUUGCGAAGAGAACUGGAAAAAACUAUCAAUUUGCAGCGGAUCCAUGCAAGAAUUGGCCAGGGUGUCCCUGUGGUAGCACUGAUAUUUGAAGGUGGUCCCAAUGUUAUCCUCACAGUUUUGGAAUACCUUCAAGAAAGUCCUCCUGUGCCAGUAGUAAUAUGUGAGGGAACUGGGAGAGCAGCAGACAUACUGGCAUAUGUUCAUAAGCAAACAGAAGAGGGAGGAAAUAUUCCUGAUGGAGCAGAACCUGAAAUCAUUUCAACCAUCAAAAAAACAUUUAACUUCGGUCAGAGUGAGGCAGUUCAUCUGUUUCAGACGUUGUUGGAAUGCAUGAAAAAAAAAGAACUUAUUACCGUAUUCCAUAUUGGGUCAGAUGAACAUCAAGAUAUUGAUGUUGCAAUACUUACAGCACUGCUGAAAGGUACAAAUGCUUCUGCAUUUGACCAACUUGUCCUUACACUGGCAUGGGACCGAGUUGAUAUUGCCAAAAAUCAUGUUUUUGUUUAUGGACAACAGUGGCUGGUUGGAUCGCUGGAACAGGCUAUGUUAGAUGCCCUUGUGAUGGAUCGAGUUGCAUUUGUGAAACUUCUUAUUGAAAAUGGAGUAAGCAUGCACAAGUUCCUUACAAUUCCCAGGCUGGAAGAGCUUUACAACACAAAACAAGGCCCAACUAACCCAACACUCUUUCACCUUGUUCGGGAUGUCAAACAGGGAAACCUUCCUCCAGGAUAUAAAAUCAACCUGAUUGAUGUAGGGCUUGUUAUUGAAUAUUUGAUGGGAGGAACCUACAGAUGCACCUAUACGCGAAAACGCUUUAGAGUCAUAUACAACAGUCUCAGUGGGAACAGUCGGCGGUCUGGGCGUAAUCCUUCAAAUAAUACUCCUCAACUGCGUAAAAGCCAUGAGCCUUUUGGGAACAGGGCAGAUAAAAAAGAGAAAAUGCGACAUAAUCAUUUCAUCAAAACUGCACAGCCUUACAAACCAAAGAUUGAUACGAGUGCAGAAGAAGGAAAAAAGAAAAGAACCAAAGAUGAAGUCGUAGACAUUGAUGAUCCUGAAACUAGACGCUUUCCUUAUCCUCUUAAUGAACUCUUACUUUGGGCAGUGUUAAUGAAAAGACAGAAAAUGGCCCUCUUCUUCUGGCAGCAUGGUGAAGAAUCCAUGGCUAAAGCCUUAGUUGCCUGCAAGGUGUAUCGUUCAAUGGCACAUGAGGCAAAACAAAGUGACCUUGUUGAUGAUACCUCAGAAGAACUGAAACAGUACUCCAAUGAGUUUGGACAACUCGCAGUUGAACUACUAGAACAGUCCUUCCGACAAGAUGAAACCAUGGCUAUGAAGUUAUUAACGUAUGAGCUGAAGAACUGGAGUAAUUCAACCUGUCUUAAGCUAGCAGUGUCUUCAAGACUCCGCCCAUUCGUAGCUCAUACUUGUACACAGAUGUUGUUGUCUGAUAUGUGGAUGGGAAGACUAAAUAUGAGGAAGAAUUCAUGGUACAAGGUGAUACUGAGCAUCUUACUACCCCCUGCCAUACUAAUGCUGGAAUAUAAAACCAAGGCAGAAAUGUCCCAUAUUCCACAAUCUCAAGAUGCGCACCAGAUGACAAUGGAAGACAGUGAAAACAACUUCCAGAAUACAGCAGAAGAGAUACCCAUGGAAGUAUUUAAAGAAGUAAGAGUCUUGGAUAGUACUGAAGGAAAACAUGACAUGGAGAUGCCAACAAAACCUAAGCGACUUCCAAUUACACGAAAGUUUUAUGCAUUCUAUCAUGCGCCAAUUGUGAAGUUCUGGUUCAAUACGUUGGCAUACUUAGGAUUUCUGAUGCUUUACACAUUUGUAGUCCUUGUAAAAAUGGAAGAAAUACCAUCAGUUCAAGAAUGGAUUGUUAUAUCUUAUAUUUUUACGUCAGCUAUUGAGAAGAUUCGUGAGAUCUUUAUGUCAGAGGCGGGGAAAAUUAAUCAGAAGAUUAAAGUGUGGUUCAGUGAUUACUUCAAUAUCAGUGAUACAAUUGCCAUUGUUACUUUCUUCAUUGGGUUUGCACUAAGAUUUGGAGCAAAAGGGAACUUUGGUGACAAUACUUACAAAGAAAAUUAUGUUUUUGUUGCUGGAAGAAUAACAUACUGUCUAAAUAUUAUAUUUUGGUAUGUGAGAUUACUGGAUAUUCUAGCUGUAAAUCAACAGGCUGGCCCUUAUGUCAUGAUGAUUGGCAAAAUGGUGGCCAACAUGUUCUACAUUGUAGUGAUUAUGGCACUUGUACUGCUUAGUUUUGGUGUUCCCAGGAAGGCAAUACUCUAUCCUAAUGAAGCACCAUCUUGGACUCUUGCUAGAGAUGUUGUGUUUCAUCCAUACUGGAUGAUUUUUGGUGAAGUUUAUGCAUAUGAAAUUGAUGUAUGUGAAAAUGAUUCAUCAGUUAGCCGUCUCUGUGGCCCUGGAACAUGGCUGACCCCAUUUCUUCAAGCUGUGUACCUCUUUGUACAGUACAUUAUUAUGGUUAAUCUCCUUAUUGCAUUUUUCAACAAUGUGUAUUUACAAGUAAAGGCAAUUUCAAACAUCGUAUGGAAGUAUCAGCGCUAUCAUUUCAUUAUGGCCUACCAUGAAAAACCUGUCCUGCCUCCACCUCUUAUUAUUCUUAGUCAUAUGGCUUCCUUAUGUUGUUGUAUAUGUAAAAGAAGGAAGAAAGACAAGACUUCAGAUGGACCAAAACUCUUCCUAACAGAAGAAGACCAAAAGAAACUUCAUGACUUUGAAGAGUUGUGUGUUGAGAUGUAUUUCAAUGAAAAAGAUGAUAAAUUCCACUCUGGAAGUGAAGAGAGAAUUCGAGUCACAUUUGAACGGGUUGAACAAAUGUGCAUUCAGAUAAAAGAAGUUGGUGAUCGAGUCAACUACAUCAAACGGUCAUUGAACUCUUUAGAUUCUCAGAUUGGCCACCUACAAGAUCUCUCUGCUCUCACUGUGGAUACUCUAAAAACACUAACUGCACAAAAAGCUUCAGAAGCCAGCAAAGUCCAUAAUGAAAUUACGCGCGAGUUAAGCAUUUCAAAACAUUUGGCACAAAACUUUAUUGAUGAUGGUUCCCUGAGAUCUUCAGUAUGGAAAAAACACAACAUUGGAAAUGUGUUUGGUUCUUCUUUUCCACAAGGAGACCUCGAGAGUAGUAAUGCUUUAUUAUGUAACAUUUCUAUGCAUAGUGAAAGAGAUAUUCAACAUAAGACAAUUGGUCAGGAUUUAGCUCCAGUUUCCAGGGGGGAAGAACUAAGGUUUCAAGAGGCAGGUUCCUCAGGCAGUGCCUUUUUUCCAAGUGCUGUUUCUCCUCCAGAACUUCGGCAAAGAUUACAGGGUUCAGAGAUCUCAGAAUCCAUUAAUAAAAAUAAAAUAUUAGGCAAUUCAUCGAACAGCAUGCCACGUCUAACAUCCCCAACAGCUAAAUUGUUUGUUAGCACUCCAUCUCAGCCGAGUUGCAGAAGUCAGUUGGAAUCUACAGCAAACAAUGAAGCAGCAAUUUUGUCUAAGGCUACAGAAGGAGAUAGUAACGUAGAAUUUGGUGCAUUUGUGGGUCACAGAGACAGCAUGGAGUUACAACAAUUUAAGGAGUCAGCGAUUAAAAUUAAAGAAAAAAAAGCUAAUAUUGAGGAGCAACAAGAGGACUUUAAGAAAGCUAUUCUGGAGGGCAUCGAUUUGACCAAACAUCAGACUGGUCUUCAAGCUGAUGGCAGCCUAAGUCAGGUUAACUCUUGUGAUGGAUUUACAGAAUAUCACAAAAACUCUUUGGCAGUUCAUUCAGAACAAUUUCACAACAAAAGUAGAAGAGCAUCAGCUGAAGAUACUCAGCAAGUAGACUCUAAGGCUGCAUUGCUUACGGAUUGGUUACAAGGUAGACCUUCAAGUAGCAAUCAAAUGCCUUCUGAAGAAGAUACCUUGAACGGUAUUGCUUCUCCUUUCAAGCCGAUCAUGGACACCACUUACUACUACUCAGCUGUGGAAAGGAAUAACUUGAUGAGAUUAUCACAGAGCAUUCCAUUCACUCCUGUGCCUCCAAGAGGUGAGCCAGUCACUGUGUAUCGCCUUGAAGAAAGUUCUCCCAACAUCUUGAACAACAGCAUGUCUUCCUGGUCACAGCUAGGACUCUGUGCUAAAAUUGAAUUUUUAAGUAAAGAGGAGAUGGGAGGUGGAUUACGUCGAGCCGUUAAAGUAGCAUGCACGUGGUCAGAAUAUGAUAUCCUGAAAUCAGGACAUCUUUAUAUCAUCAAAUCUUUUCUUCCUGAAGUUGUGAAUACUUGGUCAAGCAUUUACAAAGAGGAGACAGUGUUGCACCUCUGUUUGAGAGAAAUUCAACAGCAGAGAGCAGCACAGAAGCUCACAUUUGCUUUCAAUCAAAUGAAGCCUAAAUCCAUUCCAUAUUCUCCAAGGUUCCUGGAAGUUUUCCUGUUAUAUUGCCACUCAGCUGGACAAUGGUUUGCAGUUGAGGAGUGCAUGACUGGAGAAUUUAGAAAAUACAACAAUAACAACGGUGAUGAAAUAAUUCCAACUAACAUGCUAGAAGAGGUCAUGCUAGCAUUCAGCCACUGGACUUAUGAAUAUACAAGAGGAGAGUUGCUGGUACUUGACCUGCAAGGUGUGGGUGAAAAUUUGACAGAUCCCUCUGUGAUAAAAGCUGGAGAAAAAAGGUCAUAUGAUAUGGUGUUUGGUCCUGCCAACUUAGGAGAAGAUGCAAUCAAAAACUUCAGAGCUAAGCACCAUUGCAAUUCUUGCUGCAGGAAACUUAAACUUCCUGAUCUGAAGAGAAAUGAUUAUACGCCUGACAAAAUUAUAUUUCCUCAGGAUGAUUCUCCAGAAUUGACAAUUCAGCCUGGAAGCUGCACCAAAGAAUCAGAAUCAACUAGUUCUAUUCACUUGAUGCUGUAAUGACAUGAGCAAACACUGGCAUUGCACGGUGUCACUAAGUUGUCGAUUAUCUGUCUUCCACUAAAAUCAGAUGAAAGAGAUCAAAACAAAGAACCAAGUGUUAUAAGUGGAAUUUUGAUGUCUGGUCCGUAAUCUAAGGACUUAACAACUUGUGGUAACCAUCUACAGAGAUGAGCUGGCAGCUGAUUAUUUUAAGGGGAAUGACAAGAAUUUAUGAAAUGUUUUUAAAGAGUCUUUUUUGGAGAAGGUUAUUUUUAGUUUUGCUUUUGUCCAGUGGAGGUUCGACUAAUCCUCUAAUCCUGUGGUGCAACAGGCUCUUGACUAAAAGGACUUCUUUUUGGAUGUUUUAAGGCAAAGUGUCUGUUUGGCAGCUGGUUUACUGUCAGCCAGCUAGAGAAAUGGGAGACUGCAUCCUUCUUCUUUAUCGGAGGUUUCCCUGCGCAUUGUCAGAAGUGUCUCAUCUCAUUAGAUGCCAUGUAGUUUCAUCUGGCCUUUGGAAGGGAACAGAUCCAAAGGAUCUGUGUAUAUCGUGCCAGUAUGCUGAGGGUUGAAGUCAGAAAUGGAUCUAUUCCAAUAAAGAGUUUGUCUCCUGAAUCAGGAUUCAGCUUCAUAGAUGUGAAGCCAGUUUUUAUGGAAUAGAGUUUUAAUUGUGUAAUGAAAUUUCUUGUUUUUAUACAUUUCAGUUUUAUCAAGUCACUGUCAAAUAGUAACAAAUAAAGCCAGGAUAGUCUGGUAUAAUUACAUCAUAUAGUAGAACAGAGUACAUACUGGUCCAAACAAGAAGUUGCCUUGUUGGAAAAAAAAGAACAAAGUCGGGGAAAUGCUUUUUCUUGUAAUGACUGCUUCUGAAGUUAUGCCUUCCAAAACUCUCAUAAAACCAGUAUAUCAAAGCGGAAUGUACACAUGAACUUUUAAAUGUAUUUAAAAUUGUAUAGAAACAUCUUUUAAUGUUAUGUUGUUUGUGGUACUUUAUUUAAAAAAGACUAGGGUUGGAUUAGCAUUAUGUAAAGUACGGGAGAUUGCAAUGCAACUUUAUGCCAAUAAAAUGUAAUUUAACUGUCCCAAGUCUUGUUGAGUAUUCAACAAGAAAAACCUGUUGUCCAACUGAAGUUUCAUGCUGCGAUUUUUAUUUUGUUUGUUACAUAGGUACUAAUUUGUAAUUUUUAAUUGAAGGGCAAUAUAAAGCUCUAUGAAAAAUUUUUUUAUUCAGUAGUGUAUCUUAUAGAUACAGACCUAAGGCACGAACACAAUAGCUGUUUAAAUCGUGUUUUAUGUUGAUGGGGGGAAAGGUAAAGUGUAUUAAAGAUAUAAUACUGUAUACAUUUUGUAUAUCAUUAAAUCUUUAAAUCUAAAAUAAAUUUAUUCUUGUUUACAGA